AUACAUAUGCAAAAGAGACAGACAGAUAGAGAUAUAGUGAUAGGCAGACAUAACCCGAUUAUUUACCUGCCCUACGCCGUAUUCGCCACCGAGGUACGCGUGACGCGCGGCCCUGAAGCUCGGGGUAACCAGACAUAGAUCGAGAGAGAGAACCAAAGGGCGGACGGCUGCGAAAGAAGAUGCUCGGCACGUCGACGCCGGAGUACAUCUUCAUACGCGUGUGCAUAUUCCUCGUCCAGUACACGACGCCGGUAUGCCUCGCCCUCCUCGCCCUCCUCGCGGCCCUCCGCAACCGUAGCGCCGCCACGCCCCCAUCGUUGCUGCUAUCGCCCUCCAACCCCCUCGACGCGGCGCUGGUCGCGUACGUCAUCGCCGACCUGCUGUACGCCGCGUUCGUCUUCGCCCCUCGCGCGCGGCGGCUGGGGGACUCGGCGGCGGCGGCGGCGGCUGCGAACCUGUCGCCGCGUCAGCGUGAGGAGCGCCGCGCCCUGUUCCACCGCUGUCUCGCCCACGUGCCCGACAUCCGGCGCUACAUGCAGAUGUGGUUUCUCGGCGCCGACGAGGCCGAGAUUCGCCGCGAUAACGUCCGCGACUUUCUCCUCUGGGCCUUCUUCGAUCGCGCGCCCUCGGGCCGCGCCGGCGGCGGUGGCCGCGAAGAAGACGAGGAUGAGGACGAGCUCGGCGAGUAUAUCGCCGCCCUCGAGCAGCGCCUGGGACGCAAAUUCGGGCCCGGGAGGGGCCAAGCCGAGGGCCUCCGCCUGACGCUGGACAAGGUGGAGACCCGGUACAGGAGCGUCGGGUGGUAUCUGGUGGUGGGCUUGGUAGAUCUGGUGACGCAUUGCCGGCUGGCGUGGAGCGGGUUCCAUUACUACGCUCAGCCGGGGUCCAGGGUGCUGUCCGUCGUCCCACCGCGCUUACAGGACGUGUGCGCCCGCAGACGUUCCGUGGCAGCCGGGCUCACCUACUGGUACCGCCCGCACACCGCGACCGACAAGCUGCCCGUCGUGUUCCUACACGGCAUCGGAAUCGGCCUUUACACGUACGUGCCAUUCCUCUCGCGGCUGAACAGCUCCGGGGCGGCAGGAGAGGCAGCAGUGGAAGGAGGAGAAGGCACCGAGGGCCAAAUCGGCAUCAUCGCGAUCGAGAUGCUCCCGAUCUCCUUCCGACUCACAGACGUGCCACUGGCCAAGCCAGAGUUCCUGCGGCAGGUGGCUACGAUCUUGGAGGCACAUGGGUGGGACCGGUUCGUGUUGGUUUCCCAUUCGUACGGCACCGUCUUGGCAACCCACAUGCUACGCGCCGAAGGCCUAGCCGGCCGCAUCGCCUCGGUAGUGCUGAUCGACCCGGUGACCAUCCUGCUGCAUCUGCCGGACGUGGCGUACAAUUUCACGAGGCGCAAGCCGAAGAGGGCUAACGAGUGGCAGCUGUGGUAUUUUGCGAGCAUGGAUCCGGGGGUAGCGCGCUGUCUCGGCCGGCAUUUCCUCUGGAAGGAUAACAUCGUAUGGAAAGAGGAGCUAGUGGGGUCGGCGAGGGGUUUGCAGUCUGUAGACGAUGCUGGUGGUGGGGUGGGCGUGGAUGAUAGAGGGACCCGGGCUACGGGCCAACGCCCACGAAAGGUUGCGGUUUGUCUCGCCGAGCGAGACUUGAUUGUCGAUACACUGACGGUCGUCCAAUACUUGGCAGCCAAUGAUGAUGGAUGGCUGACCCCCGGCCCUGCAGAUGAGGAGGGAAGCACAGGUUCUGUGGGCAGGCCGGAGGAGCGGGAUGGAUGGGCUAGUGGUAAUCAUCUCACAUGCGAGGGCAUUGAACUCCUGUGGUUCUGGGGGCUGGAUCACGCCCAGGUAUUCGACUCCAAGCAGAACCGGGAUCGACUCUGUAGAGUUGUACGCCGCUACUGCACAAAAUAGACGAAUGCCCUUCCCUUCGAUGGUUUGUUGAUUGUGUACGAUGCCGGGUGCUAGGAUCGACUGCUGCCACCCCGGCAGUAGCUGACCCUCAUGCAUCGCGAGCGAGCCGAACCCGCUGCAGAGGCAUCUCGAGCCGUUGAUAGCAGAUCGAGCAUUCUAGUCUGCCUUCGCCUCGUCUCCUCCCCAGCCAGUCAGCCAUACGACUACGGGUUCCGGGCCGCUCCGGAUUAGGACCCAGACGACGUCUUCGUCGGUCUCGUUAAUUUCCUGAUGCUCCGUCCACGGUGGGACGAAGGCGAAAUCGCCUGCCGAGAGCUCGUGCUGCUUGAGCUCGUCAUCAGUACCGGCACUAGUCACCAAUCUACUACUUGUCAGCUCUCCAACAGCAAAUGGCUAGGGUUCGUAACUGGGCAUCGCAAGAGAUAGAGCAGCGUGGGAGGAGGGGGGAAGAGAGUGAGGAACCACUGGAGGGUACCGUAACGUACUGCGGACAUG